GCGAUUUCUAGAGGAUAACAUUCGAAAUGGUGAAAUCAAGUGGUGGGAGAGUCGAGACUAACGGCGUUUACAGUAACGGACGUUACAAGGGAGUGAGAAUGAGAAAAUGGGGGAAAUGGGUAGCAGAAGUUCGGCAACCUAACAGCAGAGGAAGAAUUUGGUUGGGAUCCUACAAAACGGCGGACGAAGCCGCCAGAGCUUACGAUGCAGCCGUUUUUUGCUUACGUGGACCCUCGGCGAAGCUCAAUUUUCCGGAUAAUCCUCCGGAGAUUCCGUUAGAUAGUGAACUGACGCCGGCGCAGAUUCAAGAGGCUGCGCUUAGGCAUGCUCGUAGUGCUCCGGGUGAGGCGGCGGAGUUGAGGUCUCAAGUAGUGGUGAGUUCCGUUACGGGUUCGGGUUCGGGAGUGGAUGAUGUGGGUUUUGUGGAUGGGACAUAUUAUCAGUCACCUGGCGUGUGGAACUUUUGA